GACGUCCUGGGGCGGGGAGAGGGCGGAGCCGGGGCGGGAGUGAGGUCGGGGCUCCGUCUACGGCGGCGGCGCAGCACUGCCCAGGACCGGCGCACGGCAUGGGGCUGCCCCGAGGCGCCAGGCCGCUUCUCCCGCUGCUGCUCCCGCUGCUGCUCGCGCCGCGGAGCUCAGGCGCCGGGCCGGGCCGGCCUCCGCACCUGGUCUUCGUACUGGCCGAUGACCUUGGCUGGAACGACGUGGGUUUCCACGGCUCACGCCUCCGCACGCCGCACCUGGACGCGCUAGCGGCCGGGGGAGUACAGCUGGACAACUACUACACGCAGCCGCUGUGCACGCCGUCGCGGAGCCAGCUGCUCACCGGUCGCUAUCAGAUCCACACAGGUCUACAGCAUCAGAUAAUCUGGCCCUGUCAGCCCAGCUGUGUUCCUCUGGAUGAGAAGCUCCUGCCCCAGCUCCUACAGGAAGCAGGCUAUGCUACCCACAUGGUCGGGAAGUGGCACCUGGGGAUGUACCAGAAAGAAUGCCUUCCCACCCGCCGAGGAUUUGACACCUACUUCGGUUAUCUCCUAGGUAGUGAAGAUUACUACACCCAUGAGCACUGUGUGUUCAUCAAGGCUUUGAACGUCACGCGGUGUGCUCUUGAUUUUCGAGAUGGUGAAGAAGUUGCAACACAAUAUAAAAACCUGUAUUCAACAAACAUAUUUACCAACAGGGCUACAUCCCUCAUAGCUAACCAUCCUCCGGAGAAGCCUCUGUUUCUCUACCUUGCUCUCCAGUCUGUCCACGAGCCCCUUCAGGUCCCAGAGGAAUACCUGAAGCCAUAUGACUUUAUCCAAGAUAAGAACAGGCAUCUCUAUGCAGGAAUGGUGUCCCUUAUGGAUGAAGCAGUAGGAAAUGUCACUGCAGCCUUAAAAAGUCACGGGCUCUGGAACAACACAGUGUUCAUCUUCUCCACAGACAAUGGAGGGCAGACCCUGGCUGGAGGCAACAACUGGCCCCUUCGAGGAAGAAAAUGGACCCUGUGGGAAGGAGGUGUCCGAGGAGUGGGCUUUGUCGCAAGCCCCUUGCUGAAGCAGAAGGGUGUGAAGAACCGAGAGCUCAUCCACAUCUCCGACUGGCUGCCGACGCUUGUGAAGCUGGCGGGGGGCGACACUCAUGGCACCAAGCCCUUGGAUGGCUUCGAUGUGUGGAGAACCAUCAGUGAAGGAAGCCCGUCUCCCAGAAUGGAGCUACUGCAUAACAUCGACCCGAGCUUUGUGGACCUCUCACCAUGUCCUGGGAACAGCACGACUCCAGCAAAAGAUGAUUCUUUUCCAGAAUAUUCAACUUUUAACACCUCUGUCCAUGCUGCAAUCAGACACGGAAAUUGGAAACUCCUCACGGGCUUCCCAGGCUGUGGAUCCUGGUUCCCUCCACCAUCUCAAUACCGUGUUUCUGAGGUACGCUCAUCGGACUCCCCAACCAAAACCCUGUGGCUCUUUGAUAUUGACCAGGACCCAGAAGAAAGACACGACCUGUCCAGAGAGUACCCCCACAUCGUCAGGCAGCUCCUCACCCGUCUGCAGUUCUAUCAAAAACAUUCAGUACCUGUGCACUAUCCAGAGCAGGACCCACACUGUGACCCCAAGGGCACUGGUGCCUGGGGCCCCUGGAUGUAGGAUUUUGGAGACGUGGGAAUGUCUUUCUGUUGCAUGCUACACCUCGGGCCUUGACUGCUGCAGCCUCUUGUCCCAGUUGUUCUCUGCCUGCCCCACCCCCACCUCACCUGGCCCUUCUCUUGCUCCUAAACUACACCAGUCUACUUUCAAUUCCUGGUGCAUCUCAGAAGGUAACCACACUGAGCACUCCUGCUGCUGGCCUAGGCUGUGUCUGGAGGCGGUUGGCUGGCUCAUCCCCUCUUCCCAGCUGUGGGACAGCUGGAGACUUGACUUGGAAGUGAUCCUUGAGUCCUGGGGGCCAGAGCAGCUGGCUCUUUUUGCCUCACAAGUCAGACGUUAGGUUUCCCUCUGCCAGUAACGGGUUUUAUUGGAGUGACUCACAUUUCUUGUAACAAACGAAGGAAGCAGGCAGACGGUUGUUGGGUUCUGCUGGCCUGGGGCUCCCGUUCUCUGGGCAGUGAUGACCCCUCUGCUCAUCCCUCACCCACACAUCUCAUCAGGGAGCAGAAGGCCCAUUUCUUGAAGGCCAGCAUGGCAAUAUGCCAACAUCUUAGUUUUGGUUUUUACAAUAAAGAAAUGUGUUUUUAUCCUAGAUUCUUUCCCCAGCCAUUGCUCAUUCUGUCUAGACUUCCUACUACCCCCAACUCCCCUGUGGCUCUUGUCUUGCCAUUCCUCUUGACUCCAAUGUCCGUUGCCUGAGAAGACUGCGUCACCUCUCUUCUGUGAGCAGCUGGACUGAGGGAGAUACUGAGCUCUGACUUCUCUUGGCCCCUAAUGCUGAAGCCACAGCCCAGCCCAGAGAAUGUGGCCAGGUUACUCUAUGAUCCUGCCCCGGGGGAUGCCAGGAGGACUGGGCGGGGGCACAUGGGUCUGUGGUAUCUGUCCAGCAAGGUUUUUCCUAAGUUACAUGGAAGCUCAUCAUCAUGAUUGUGCCUUUCUCUCCUAACUCAGUACCAGCUACACUUCUUUUUUUUUUUUCUUUUUCUUUUUUUUUGGUACGGGGAUCGAACUCUGGUCCGUGUGCUUGCAAGGCAGGCGGUGGAACCACUGAGCUAAAUCCCCGGCCCAACAAGCUACACUUCUGUUCCAGGCAUUGAAGAGAAACCCCAGGAAAGGGUCAUUUUUUUCCUGAUAUGGAGGUGGGCACUGGGCCUCGGUACAGUAGAGAGGAGCUACCUCCCUGUCUCUAAUUCUCUGUCUGCUUGUAUUAGGGACCUGUGGUAGGGAAAAGCUGAUAUACAGUUUGACCUGCAGCCCUUUCUCAGGCCCACCAACAUCCUGCUAAGGUGGGGCGUCCAGUUUAGCUACAGUGUGUCAUACUCAGAGAACAGGGGCAAGAACUGUACUCGCUUCAUUAGCUCUGCUGCUUAGUUCAUUGCUUAUCUUCAGCACCUAAGACAACGCAUGAUUUAAAAUGAAUGAACAAACGAGAAAAGGAGAAAGCCUCACACCACAAGAGAUGCUGGUCCGGUGCACUGAACACAGGGCUGUCAUCAGUGUCUUCCAAAAUACUGCUGUCCUAUUUGCUGUUGCAUAGCUGGGCAGUCGUAGGACAUGCAGAACCCAGGCUGUGGUGUCCUCUCCAGGGGACAGAAGGGAACUAGCCCUGCCAAGAUACUCUCUUGCCAGUGAUCUUCAUUUCCAUUCUUCAUAGGACACUAGAUACAAAACCCACGAAAUAAUGUUAUUCAGGUUGAUCAUAUAGCCAUCUUUCAAUUCAGUAGUGGUAUUUCCUGGUCACAAUUGCCUGGUAUUAUAUUGAAACAAGACUAUUGGAAGGAUAUGGUGCUAGAACUAGUGACAUCUAUUUCCAACUAAUGACAUCUGUUUCCAGCCUUAGCCCAACUUCUGGGUUGGCAAACAGCUGGGCAAAUGUCAUCUCUCACUCCAAAGCCUAGGGCAGAUAGUAGGGACAAACUGAGCCUGGCUGUCCUCUAUUUUCUUUCCAUUAGUGUUCCCAUUAUUAGUGUUCUAAGAUUGGAGGCCACCACUACAGGACACCUGUUUGCUCUCCCUGCUGUGCCCUCGACAGCUGUCCCCAAUUCCUUGGUUGUCCUUGAUUACUGUGUACACUGGGAAUGUUCCACAUUCAGUGGAUUUAAAGAGUUCCAAAUGGUAAUUUUAUUUUUAAAAAUUGAGAUUUUAUUUUAUUGAUAAUAGACUAGUUUAUCUCUGUUACUGUGAUUGUUCCAGAUUUGAGACAGAAUUAAUAUUUUCAAAAUUAUGUCAGCCAUGGAUAUUGUGAAUGCACUUAAUGUCAUUGAACUGUACAUUUAAAAAUGGUAAAAUUGGGGAUUUAUCACAAUUUUUAAAUUUGCCAAUUUUAUGGUAUGUGACAUAUCUGAUAAAUCUGUUAAAAUAUAGCAAUGAUAUCCACUAAAAUGUAUCUAUAAUGCAUAUAAAAUAGUGUUUGGUAGGAGUAAAAACAAAAUGCUAGUAAGAGAAUGUAUUUGUUUUCUUUUGCUGUGUAAUAAGUUACCACCAAAUCUAGCAGCUUAAAACAACAUUUAUUAUUUCACCUCUGUGACCCUCCCUGAGGGCCAGGAUUGUGGGAGUGCUUGGGCUGGGUGGUUCUGCCUCAGGGUCUCAUGAGACUGGUCAAGCAGUGGACCAGCGAGGUGGUCACCUGAAAAUGAGUGAGGUUCACAGGCCUACUUCUGAGAUGAUACAUUUACAAGGCUGUGGUUACGAUGGAUUCCUUGCCAGGAGGGCAUCAGCAUGAGCUGCUUGAGGUCCUCACACAGGGCAGGUAACUCCACCAGAGCUGUGAUCUAUAGAAAGAGCGAGUAGGGUGCUAUGGUGUCUUUUGUGACCCAGGCUCCAAAGUCACACACUGCCACUUCCACCUUUUUUCCACUGAUAAACAGUUCUCUAAGUCUACCCCAUAGUUAAAUGGGGAGGAGAACCCCAUAUUUUGAAGGGACUGUUAGAUUUAUGGCAUAAUUCUAUACAGUGGGCACAAUUAGCCUCCGGUGGAGUAAUUGCCCAAUCAAGUCACCUGCAUCUAUCACAUGCUGCUACUUGAAGAAAGAUGGUAGAAACAGGAUCCAACUUUUCUAUUUAGAGGUAGAAUGACCGUGGGCAAACCCCUUAGCCCUCUCUGUUCCUCAGGUUUUCCCCUGAUAAAGUGAUGGUUUGAAUUAGAUAAUCCUUGAAGUCUAGGGCCGAGGAUUUAGCUCAGUGGUUCCACUGCCUGCCUUGCAAGCUCAAGGUCCUGAGUUCGAUCCCCGGUACCAAAAAAAAAGUCUAUGUAAUCCUUAAAGUCUUGCUUUCCAUAAUAAUGCCUGGCACACAGUAGAUGUUCUGUAAAUGUUGGUCAGUUGACUCUGAAAUAAUAACACUGUGCUAAAAAUUUGCCUGAGGUUAUGCUCAAUUUUGAAAACAAUUUUUUUUUUUUGUACCAGGGAUUGAACUCAGGACCUUGUGCUUGUGCAGCAGGCACCAUAACCACUGAGCUAAAUCCCUGGCCCUCAAUUUUUAAAACAAUUUAAUUUAAAAAGUAUUACACUAUGUUUUGCAUCUUCAGUGACCCCAAAGGCCCACAUACUAAAGAUUUGGUGUGUUGGAACCUCUAGCAGGCGGGACCUCGGUGAAGGAAGUAGGUCAUUAAAAGUGUGCCCAAGA